UUGUUUACUAUUGGUUUUGCAGGUAAUGAUUUAGUGAAGAAAUGGAGAAGUAUCAAAGAUAAUUUCUUCAGACACUUAAAAAAAAUAAAACAAGCAUCAAAAUCGGGCUCGGGUGCUACGAAUCUGAAAAAGUAUCAUUUAUAUAACCAACUUCUUUUUUUGAGAAGAGUGGAACAAAAUGCCACCGAAUCUAGCUUAUGCUCGCCUAGAGAAAGCAACACUGAAUCUACGUCUACAAAUGAUGAAAUUACUAUAGACGAGUCUCCGCGCUAUGUUCCAGUCGCGCGCAAAAGGGCAAUGCAAAUAAAUGAGUUUGAAAGAGAAGGAUUAAAACUUCUCAAGGAGCCGGAAAAUCGCCAUAUGUCCUUUUUCAGAGAUCAAGCAUCUCAAGCAAGUGAAGAAACCGAAUACGAUUUUUCAAAUAUGUAA